AUGUCCAAGACAAAGUCCAAGUCUGCUUCCAAGCAGGCGACAUCUGCCAAAGCCGAUGUCUUGACCAAAGUCAAGGGAGGUGCCGUCACAAAGCCCUCCCAGACUGAAAAGUCCAAGAGCAAGGAUCUUGCAAAGAAAGUCGCUGUUAAAGAGACCAAGAAGGAUACGAAGACCAAGAAGGUUAAGGAACCUACACCAGAGCCAAGCUCAGAGGAGGAGGAAGAAGACUCUUCAACUUCCGACGAAGAAUCCGACAGCGACGACGAAGUCGACACCAAGCCAGCUGCCGUUAAUGGCAAGGCCAAAGCCGUGAAGCCCGCCAAAGAAAGCGACUCUGAAGAAUCAUCCAGCGAAGAAUCUGCAUCCAAGGACGACGACGACGAAUCCGAGUCUGACGAGGAGACUGUCGCUAAGCCUAUCAAGGCCGUCAAGCCCGCUGUCACCGCCAAAUCUGAUUCCGAUGAUGAGAGCUCUGACGACUCCGAGAGUGACUCCGAGGAGGAAGUUGCUGUUCCAAAGGUCAAUGGAGCCAAAGCUUCUGCCGUUAACGAAGAGAGCGACAAUGAAGACGACAGUGCAAGCAGCGACGAUGCCAGUGAUAGUGAUGAUUCAGAAGAGAGUGACAGCGAUGAGGAAGAUGAAGAGGCUAAAGUCGAUGUCAAGACCACCAAGCGCAAGGCCGAAGACGAGGAUGUUCCUGCUGCUAAGAAGAGCAAGGUCGAGGAGGCUGCUCCAGCAAGCACAUCUCCUAAUUUGUUUGUUGGCAACCUUUCAUGGAAUGUCGACGAGGAUUGGCUUCGUCAAGAGUUCGAAGAAUUUGGUGAGCUCAGCGGCGUUCGACUGAUGACUGAUCGCGACAGUGGUCGUUCCAAAGGUUUUGGAUAUGUUGAAUUCGUCAACGCUGCUGAUGCCGCCAAAGCUCACGCCGCCAAGCAGGGAGCUGAACUUGAUGGUCGCGCUAUGAACGUCGACUUCGCAAACCCCAAGCAAAACACGGGAGAAAGGCAAGAUAACCGCCGCAAAUCCUACGGAGAUCAGCUCGGUGAACCAACCGACACCUUGUUCCUUGGAAACCUCUCGUUUGAGUGCACAAGUGACGAUGUCACCGACGCUUUCAGUCCUCAUGGCACCAUCAUGAGCGUCCGUCUGCCAACCGAUCGUGAUACUGGGGCACCCAAGGGUUUUGGCUAUGUGACCUUCUCUUCAGUUGACGAAGCCUCCGGGGCUUUGGAGGCUAUGCAAGGAGGCUACAUUGCCCGCCGUGCUGUUCGUCUUGACUACAGCCAACCCCGUCAAAACAACGGUGACUCCCCAGCUCGUGGCGGUUUCGGUGGACGAGGAGGAGGAGGCCGCGGUGGCUUUGGUGGCCGUGGUCGUGGCGGCGGCCGUGGAGACUUUGGCGGUCGUGGCGGUCGCGGUGGGCGUGGUGGUGCGAGAGGCGGUCGAGGUGGCAGCACCAACCGUGGCGGUUUCGGAGACUUCUCUGGCAGAAAGACGACCUUCUAA